AUGUCAAGAACGAUCAGGUUGUCCGAUGGAAAAUCUAUUCCAGCCAUUGGAUGGGGAAAUGGCACGGGUGGACUCUUCGGUAACCAUGAUCCUGCUAUCACGAGUGGCGUGCAAGCUUUAAAAGCUGGUAUCUGUCAUAUCGAUACUGCAGAAAUAUACAAGACCGAACAAGCUACGUAUGAAGCCUUGAAACAGGCUGGUGUCAAAAGGGAAGAUGUUUGGAUCACAACGAAGAAUCUAUCUCCUGACAUCGAGGUCGUCCGAUCCAAUGUGCAAGAAAGAAUUAACUUAUUAGGUUCCAAGCCUGAUCUCCUUCUCAUCCAUUUCCCUACUGUCCCUCAAGCAGGGACAACAAGUCAAUUUUGGACUAUCCUAGAGGACUUGGUAUAUGACGGUACUCUCGAAGGAGUGAGUCUGGGAGUCAGCAACUUCCGACCUCAAGAUCUUGAAGCUGUCCUGAAAGUAGCCAGAAUCAAGCCCGUUGUUAAUCAACUGGAGUAUCAUCCAUAUGUGCUCGAGCACCUCCAACCUGUCCUUGACAUUGGUAAAAAACACAAUAUAAUCACCGAAUCUUACGGACUCCUCACACCAAUCCUUCGACAUCCUACUGGUGGUCCCCUCAAACCAGUAUUGGAGAAAAUCGCCAAACGACUUUCUUCCGAGACCGGCAAAGAGGUCGAUACAGCUUCGGUCCUCACAUUAUGGGCAUUGCAGAAGAAUGUUAUAGUAGUUACGUCUUCGAGGAACCCUGAUAACCUCAAAAAGAUCUGCGAAAUUGAUUCGUUACCUCAAUUGAGUAAAGAGGAAUUGAAUGAGAUUGAGGAGGCGGGACGAAAAGUUCAUUUCAGACAUUACAAGGCACAUAUGUCCAAGGACUUCCCUAAUCCCAAUCUCCCCGAAGAUAUCUGA